AUGUCGGCCUCUGCGAUGUAUACGAAUUCUCAAGCACAAACCUGGAGGUACGAGUACGAGGCGGACAUCGGCCUUGCGCAAACGUUUCAUGAACGACUUCCCGGAUAUUGCCCAAGUCCACUGGUGUCCCUCGAGGAUGUGGCCAAAGAGCUCGGUGUGAAGGCUGUAUAUGUCAAGGACGAAAGCAGUCGUCUUGGCCUGCCGGCCUUCAAAAUCCUGGGCGCCUCAUGGGGCACAUUUCGAGCAGUCGCAGAUCGUACUGGACUUCCUCUUGACGCGAGUCUCGAAGAUGCGGCAAAGGCUGCCCAAGAGUUGGGUAUCACUCUCUUUGCAGCAACGGAGGGAAAUCACGGUCGAGCCGUAGCGCGAAUGGGCAAGAUUCUUAACAUUCCCACCCGAAUAUUCAUGUCGAGAUUUGCCGACCAAGAGACUGUUCAGAAGAUCGAAAGUGAAGGUGCUAAAGUCACCGUGAUAUCCGGAGACUAUGAUGCAGCGGUUGCGACAGCUUCAGCUAAGUCCAAAGAGGAGCCUAAUAACCUCCUCAUUCAGGAUAACGCAUUUGAAGGAUACGAGCAGAUUCCUGCAUGGAUCGUCGAGGGUUAUUCGACUCUUCUCGCUGAAUCCGAGCAGCAGCUAGCAAAGCAGGGACUGAGAGCUACACUGAUGGUAACCCCAAUAGGAGUUGGUUCAUUGGGCCACGCCGUCGUCGCGCAUUGUAAAUCUGGAGGAAGGCAGAUCAGGGUGUUGACUGUAGAGCCCGACACGGCGGCUUGUUUGCACCACAAUCUUCAGUCACAUGAGUGGAAAACUAUCGAAACAUCAGCUACGAUCAUGAACGGCAUGAAUUGUGGUACUGUGUCACCGAUUUCAUGGCCGGCUUUUACGAAGGGUGUCGAUGCAAGCGUGACGAUCUCAGAUCUCGAGUGCCACAAGGCUGUUCAAUACCUGCAAGCUCACAACGUCAAUGCUGGUCCAUGCGGAGCUGCUUCUCUUGCUGCGCUACGAAGGGCGAGCACCAUCAAUCCAGCUGCACUUGGGCUUGAUUCCAAUGCUGUGGUUGUCCUGUUGAGUACCGAGGGCGCCAGAGGGUACACGCUGCCUCCUGGGGCGUUCGACACUUAG